UGUAGAUUCCCCAGCCUGGAACAAAGAUGCCCCCAGCCCAUCUCCUCGGCCCGCCCCGGGGACCCGGAGACUCGAGGAGGAGAUGGAAGAGGAGGAAAAUAAAUAUGAGCUGCCCCCCUGUGAGGCUCUGCCCUUCAGUCUUGCCCCAGCCCACCUUCCUGACACGGAGGAGGAGGACUCUUUGUACUUGGAUCACGCUGUGCCCCUGGGCCCUUCCAAGUCACCACCACCGCAGCCCCAGGCCACAACGCUGAAGGCGGUCCUGAGCCUGCCGGAGACUAGGAAGCAGGGACAGCCCUUCCCCGUGGUAAAGCAAGAGCUGGCUACACCGGCCAGAGUGGUGCCAGGCCUUCCAAAGACAUCUGAUGAGAACCUCUACCUGGAGUGUGAGCCCAGUCCAGUCCCGGCCUUGACUCAGACUCUGAGCUCCCAAGUCCUGAUGCCCCCAGUCUCUCUGCCAAGGGUAUCAUUGGUGCCCAGGCCCACCGUAGCCCCCCAGGAAGCUCAGAAUGGAGCAGUGAAUGCCACCUCUAAAGCAGGAAGGAGAUCCUCUCUUUCCUCUAGAGCACCCACCUGGAGCACCUCGGCUGCUGAGGACGGCAGCCUGCUGGGUCAGCCCUGGUACUCAGGAAACUGUGACCGCCAUGCCGUUGAGAGUGCCCUGCUCCACUUCCGAAAGGACGGGGCCUACACUGUGCGCCCCAGCUCAGAGCCUCACGGCUCCCAGCCCCUCACCCUGGCGGUGCUUCUCCAUGGCCGGGUCUUUAACAUUCCCAUCCAGCGGCUGGACGGUGGGAGCCACUAUGCCCUGGGCCGGGAGGGCAGGAAGCACAAGAAGCUAUUCCCCUCCGUGGCGGCCAUGGUCCAGCACUUCACGCAGCAUCCCCUGCCCCUUGUGGACAGACACAGCCGCCGCCAUCACCUCACCUGCCUGCUCUUCCCCACCAAGCCCUGAUGCCCCCGCGCACCGUAUGCACCCACUUCUGGUCCCAUAGUUUGCUCUCUGCCCUGGCCACCUUGGGCUGUCUCCCUCUCACCUCUCCCAGGUCUCCACCCCCCUAGGCCCUCCUCUUCCCUUGCCCCAGUCCCUGCAGGCCUGGAGGAGAGGCUUCGGGGAAAGGUUGCCCAGAAGCAGAAAGAACCCUGAGACCCCACUGCAUGUUCACCUGGGGCUCAGCACUGCCCCUCCCUGCUGCAUCGCCAAGGCUGGGAAGCAGGGUUCAUGCAGGGCCCCCAUUCCCAGGCCCCAGGCAUGGCGGUGUCUGCCCUGUUUACUAGAGCCUCCCAAGCUGUUCUGGAUAAAGGCCUCCUCCGGGAAGCUGAGCCUCAGGAGGCCUGCUGGGAGAUGGGGGGGCGGUGGUGGGCACUGCUUGGACAAAAAGAGAAUCCUUUCACAUUCUCUUGGGGGCUUAGCACAGGGCUGGCAGCUUUGGUCGCACUGUAUAUAGUCCGCUUUCAAUAAAUACUUGUUGACUGAA